AUGCAGGGAUUGUCACUAUGCGAGCAUUUGGGUGUACGAAGUCAAGGUCUUCUAGCUGCCAUCACUGUGCCAUUAGUCUUAACUAUGGUUCUGUUUCUAGGACCAUUGUAUAUGCUUUAUUUGGAUGGAUCUCAUUCUCAUGAUGUACCAAUAGUAGUAGAAAGGGGUGUUCUUGGGAGCACAUACACAGUGCAGAUGGUGUGGCUUAGAAAUUAUUUGAUAGCUCCAUUCACAGAAGAGUUUGUUUUUCGAGCAUGUAUGCUGCCUCUACUUGUGCCUUGUUUUGGCUGUCCAACAGCUGUCAUUGUGUGCCCACUCUUCUUUGGAGUAGCUCAUAUACAUCACAUCAUUGAAAGAUUAAGAUUUGGAUCAGAGCCUUUAUCAGCAAUCAUUUUUACAGCUUUUUUCCAGUCGUGUUACACAACCGUAUUUGGUGCCUACUCAGCUUUCCUAUUUGUAAGAACUGGUCACCUGGCUGGGCCAUUCAUAUGUCAUUCGUUCUGUAACUACAUGGGUUUUCCAGAGAUAGGUCAGGUUUUUCAUUAUAGUCCUAGACAUCGUGCAAUAAUCACAGUUACCUUCAUUGUUGGACUCCUAACAUUCCUCCUCCUUCUUUACCCCUUGACCACGCCGUCAUUGUAUAUGAAUACAAUGUGUGAUGGCCACAUUGAAGACCAUCAUCACAACAUAGAACUUUGAUACCGUCCAUCCUGGUAAAUCAGUGCUCACCGUCAGCACACAGAUUGUGGUCGUGAAUUCACAAAUUACUUUUUUGCUCACCUUUUUUUUUUAAUUGGAAAGUAUACUUGAAGAAGGUAUGUGGAUUUUAUGAUAGGCAAUGUAAGGACAACAGAGAGGGCUCAAUCAUGUUCUUUCCUCCAGUCAAAGACGUAACAUUCUUGAGGUGUUUUGAUAAGGACACUCACAAGUUAUAAAAUACCAACUAUUUGUACAUUCAUGUAUGAAUUUGGACAAAAAUUGAAUCACUACAGGUGUGUGUGUGUUUUUUUUGUAAGCUAUUAAUUUAUGACUUAACAAACAACUAGAAUAUCAAAUGUCAAUACUGGAGUACCAAAAAUGAAGUUUAAGGGGGGGGGGGUAAAAACAUUUUGACAAAGUAUAUGGUGUAUCUCAUAACAUAGUGGCAAAUCAUGUAUUUGGCACUGACAAUGUGUUAAUAGCACAAAUAUUAAUGAUGCAUAUUCAACUUUAGUUAACGCUAUUGCAUUGAUACAGAAACUCACUUAAUUCGCAAUAUCCCAGCUGUUUGUAAAGUCAUGUAUACUAUCACAAACAGCAGAAUAAAACACCACCAUAUUGGCUAGGAUAGUUCCAUAAAGUAUACCAUUCACAUUACCAGAAACUGUUGUACAUGUAUAAAUCCAAGAUUAUUCAGUCUGGUACCUAGCUUGGGUAGCUGGCAUUGAGGAUGCGAUAUAGCAUUGAUCAUGAGGGAUUACCAGAGAUUAUUUGUACUGUAGGUAAAAUUGUGUGGUAAUUCUUAUUUCAUGUAGUAUAAACACACAAACUCAUUAGCAUGGGACAACUUGUGCAGUGAGUUGCCAUCAAUGACAACUCAAUCGUACCUACCGGUAGAUUAAUUUGAAUGUUAUUUUGAUUUUAUUUGCAAUUUUUUCUUUUCUUACUGCAACAAACUGUUCAUAUUUUGUUUGCUUCUAAAAAGCAUUGUGUGAGUACAAUAUCAUUUUAAUUUCAAUUUUUCUGUAACAUUCCAAAGUAGUCAGUGAAUGUAUUUUGGAUUAUAUCCAUCAUAAUGAAAAUCUAAUAAUAAUACUGAUAUAAUACUGCAGAACUAUGGCCAGUUAUAAUACUGUAGAACUAUGGCCAGUCAUAAUACUGUAGGAAUAUACCCAAUCAUAAUACUGUAGAAUCUGUAUAUGUUGAAUUGCAUGGGACUACAAAAAUCUUUUGAUUUAAGGUGAAAAUUGCAGAUAUUCUGGUCCUAAAUAAUGCUUUGACCUAUGACUGAUUGAAUUAUGUAGACUACUAAUGAUCCCUGGUCACUGAUCACAAGUAGUCACAUUGUGCUGAGGCAAAAUAAAUGCAUGGUCGUGUGCAAGCAUAGCCAGUCAUUGAUUAGGAACAACUUCAUCUUAUGAUAUUUAAUGUAAUUAAGGUUUCUGAGCUUUGAUAUUCCAUAACAUGCUCUCUAGUUAUGGGGAAAUCAUUUUUGUCUCGCCUGAACAAAGUUCGGCAGAGACCCAGUGAUCACUUUUCCUGUUACCGGUAGUCUGUUAGGUUGUUAUGAAAAUAUUAAAAUUUUUGUUCAAUUUGCUCUCAUUUCUUUAUUUCUGCAUCGCCUAUGUUCACAUUUGGUACAUAUGAUCCUUAGGAAGUAACACAUGUGAGCCCGUGAGAAUGAUGGGGUCAAAGGUCAUCUAGGAGUCAAAAGGUCAAAUGAUAUGAGGCAUUUACCAUGUACCUCAGAGAAGACCUCGAGUCUUCUGUCCUCUGGUUGCUUGCUUACAAAGCAUCCAUGCUUUCUUAGCAAUCGCCAUAACCACCUUAUAAAGUGAUAACAGACAUUCCCUCUUUACACUGAAAUGAUUUACUGUGUGUGAGCUAUGUUGCCUAUUGGUAUGAUCGGGUCAAAACAAUGUUGAUAGAAGUUAGAUCUGUUAGUUAAUUAGAAUAGCAUUCUUAGAAAAAAAUGACACAAUUCAUGAAUUAAAACAUUACACAACCUUACACCCAUGCAAGAAUGAAUAGGGAAAAAAAGGUGCACUCUGCAUCCACUAUGAAUGACCAACAACUCCCAGAUCUGAAUAUGAAUACAGAUUACAAAUGAAUUUGUUACAAAUGCUGAUGGUUAUGGAUGUUAACAAACUCAUUUGCAUGUUCAAGCCAAAACAUCACCGGCCACCAAGCAUGUUUAUGUGGUGCAAGCCAACUGUCUGUUAUUUGUUCAGAGAAAAUGUAUCGGAAAGCUUGCAAGAUUGUAGGAAUUAGGGCAAUGAAUUGUAAUAUUCUGAGAAUGACCCAUUGCUAUCACCUUAUUUCCCAAAAUGUCAGGGAAGACACUUGGGGGGGAAAAAGUUAUUGAGGGAUUUUUUUUUCCCCAUUUUUUUCAUUGACUGAUCAUGAAAAUCUUAAGUGUAUUAAUUUGUGCCAAGAUUUACCUUGUAAAAACAAAUCAUGUCACCAGCACCAGUAUCAUCAUUGUUAAUCUCAGUCAUUGAACUUUUUUUGAGGAAAAAGCUUUCCUCCUCAUAAUAUAUUAGUAACAAAACAGGAAAACAUGAGAUGAAAUAGAUUUUUAAAUUUCCAGAUUGUAUCAUGUGAUAUGUGAUUUUUGAAUUGUUUAUUAUUAUCAUUAAUGUUUGCAUUCAAAACUCAUCAACUUUAUGGUGCAACUUCUCAUGAACAUUUACUUUAUUGUAAUGUCAGUUUUUGAUGAUGAACAUAUGUGCUUAUGCAGAGGUUAUCAUACUGACUGAAUUUAUUUUUUUAAGAAAAUUGCUACUUGUACCAACUUAUUUCUAUUACAGAUAAGCUAGUGUAUACAAUUCAAUUGCUUUUCCAUUUUAUGAUUGACUUAUAGCAGCUGUAAAUUUUUGUUUAAUUUUCAAUCUGAUACAUUAAAACUUUACUAAACAUGUGUUUCACCAUUCAUUACAACUUAUGAGGACGAGUAUUUCCUAUCGUUGAUUUAAAAAGAAAAAAGGAAGAGAAAGGUUGAAUUGAGGGAAGUUGAAUUUCUGGCCUAGAAAAUAUUUCUGCAUUGUCUUUCUGCUUAAAGUGUGAAUACAUGUAUUUCCAUAGUGAAAUGGCAAUAAGUGCCACAUAUUAUAAUGUGGUAUUCAGAUAGUGAGGAAGUAUAUAUUUUCUUGUUUUGUUGUAUUG